CAGUUGAAAUUGCUAGAUAGCUAAUUAAUACAGUUUGAACUCACAAGAUACAACACUGAUAUCAUUAUUUGUCUUUAAGACAGGUGGGUAAAAUAACCUAGCAGAUAUGCAUUGCUAAGGUCAUUCAGACUAAUCAGCUCAGCCCUGGCUCUGAGGUGUUACCUCACUCAGGCAGAGGGGAUUAGGGAUUUUACAGCACCAGAGAUGCAUGACAGGAGAGGCUUGUCCUAUUCUUAGCGUAGGAUGGCCGUUAAAGUAGCUGGAACUAGUAUUAUGCACAUCAACAUCCAUCUCACGACAGAUAUCUUCUGCUCUCAUCAAUGCUAUUGACUGAUCGAUUUCCUCCAAUGUCACUGAUCAGUGAGUGAUCUUUUUUCUUUAUCUCUCGCCGUUUUGGAUUAGUCCAUACUUGCCUGGCUGUCAGUAUGGAACUGGGCAAAGCCAAGUUGCUGAGGACCGGUCUGAACACGCUACACCAAGCCAUCCACCCAGUUCACGGGAUCGCAUGGACGGAUGGGAAACAGGUCUGCCUCACCUCCCUUUACCAUGCCAACGGUGACGUGAAAUUCGGCGACACCAAUGUCAUUGGCCAGUUUGAGCAUGUCUUCGGUCUCUACUGGGGCCCUCUAUGCUGCUCCGGCUCUCCUGCUCUGUUGGCUGUCCAACACAAAAAGCAUGUCACAGUGUGGCAGCUGCAGCUCAGCGCUCUGGAACAGAACAAGCUGCUGUGCACUCAGACCUGUGAGAUGAGCGAACCGUUCCCCCUUCUGUCUGAGGGAUGUGUCUGGCAUCCCAAGAUGGACAUCCUUUCUGUCCUUACCAAGAAAGAUGCCUCUGUGCUGUUCUGUGUCCGUGUGGACAACCGCAGGGUGAAGGCUGAUAUUAAAGGCAGUGGACUCAUCCACUGUGCCUGCUGGACCAAAGAUGGCACCCGGUUGGUUGUGGCCGUUGGAAGCGCCCUUUACUCCUACAUCUAUAACGAUGUUCAAAAGAGUCUUUUAGCCUGCUCCUUCUGCCCUAUCUUCGACGUGGGUGGGUACAUCUGUGCCAUCGAGUCGACAGGCGAAGCCCAGGUGGCAGUGGCUACAGAGCUGCCUCUGGAUAGGAUCUGCGGGCUGAACGCAGGUAUGGUCUUCGACGUGCCCUCAGAUUCCGAGUCCUCCCUACCGGGACAUUCUUCUCUUAUGGUGAUGUUGGAUGAGGAUGGUUGUAUAGACCCCCGCAGGAGGUCCUUUGACUCGGAGAGGUCCUACCUGUCCUGCUCGCCGUCUGGCGGCCCAAUGGACCUCACCCACCUCCUGGCCAAGCACCGGCGCUCCGACCCCAGUCCACUCAUAAACUUGCGCCGCAAGGACCACCUGACCGGCUCCGGACAGGAUUCAUCUCACCUUAUCCUUGUCACCUACGAACGGAAAGUCACCAGCACCAGUAAGGUCAGCAUCCCUGGGAUCCUGGUGCCAGACAUCUUGGCCUUUGACUCCAGAGGCUCCAUGGUGGCGGUGGCCUCCAACACGUGUAGCAUGGUGCUGGUCUACUGCAUCACGCCCUUCGCUAUGCCCAAUGUCCAGCAGAUCUCCUUACAGAAGAACGAGAGGCCCAAAGGCGUCUGCUUCCUCAGUGACAAGACGUUGCUUCUCAUGAUCGGCAGACAGAAGUCCAACGAACCUGCCUUCCUCCCCUCCUCCAACACGGAAAAAUACAUCCUGCACCUCUCCUCCAAGGAGAUAGUCUACGACGGAGAAGCCCCGGCGUCACCCUCCCCAAACCGGCAAUCCCCCGCGAAUUUCUACCCGGGGAUUAGGCGCCACUCUGAGCAUGUCUUCUCUAAGGAGGAGCAGCAGGAGCGUGUUGCGAUCAAGGAGUUGGUGCUGCCGGGAGGAGGUGUAAUCCAGUCCCGUUCUCCAGAGAGCAGCAGGAGGAGGCUGGUGGAGGAGGUGAGGAGCCCGGAGCCCAGCUCAGUCGACUUUCCCUACUCUGACCUCUGCCGCCCCUCUGAUCAAUCCCACUCAAGCGCCUCCUCCAUUACGGUCGAGAACUUCGACAUGGAACCCAUCAACCGGAUGAGAGGGUCAGUGCAAUCUGGGGACUUGAGUCAACCCUGCUCCCCAUACUACAACCCUGGGGAUAAGCCCCACACGGAGCUCCCCACCCUGCCCAAGACCACCCCCUGGCCCCCAGAGAAGGAGAGGAACCUGGAGCAGCUGUCCCAGAACAUGGAGAGGAUUUUCUCUCGCUUCUCUGAGGUGCAACAGUAUCUCACAGAGAUCAGGGACUUCACUCAGAACGGGAAAAGGGGUUUGGGGACUAUUUACCCCAAUGCCUGUGAACCUCCAUACGUUAACAUCACAUGUCAGAAGCAGCUGUCUGAAAAUGUGUUUAUAGAUGAGAGAAGACCAGUGUUGCUGUGUGAGGGGAAGCUGUGUCUGAAGGUUCUUCAGGAGCUCUUUAACCUCACUAUAGUGGAGAUUAUGUAUGGUCCGUUGUGGAUAGUCCUGGUGGCGGAUGCAGAGGGCUUUGUACCUCUGACUUUUAAACCCAAAGAGGAGUUGACUGUGAGGAACGGCAGGAGGAAAUCUCCCAUCAGAAGCCCUGGCAGCCCAGACACAUGCCCCUCCAGCCCUGUGAAAUCUCCCUCAAGCCCAGCUAAAUCACAGACUUGAACAAGGCCUAGCCCCAAAACAGAGACCUCAGCAUAGUGGGAGAGAGCACAGAGCAUGGGACAGAGC